AUGCAGUCCUGUGCUGUGAUUGGGUGUGGUGCCGCCGGUAUGGCGGCAAGUAUGGCAUUGCGGCGUAGUGGAUUGUUGGUGACCUGCUUUGAGCUUGCCCCAGAUCCUGGCGGGGUUUGGAAUAGUGAUACGCGCAGCUCCUUCUCUACGCGUGGCCUCAUUUCGCCAUUGCACCCCACACUGCGUUGUGUCCUGCCGAAAGAUUUGCUAGCGUUCAGCGACAUGCGCUUUGACUACACCGUACCGCAGUUUCCUCACCAUUCCUCUGUUCGGCGGUACUUGGAUCGGUACGCUGCAUCAAAAGGUGUUGGGGGGCUUGUGCGUUUCAACACGAAGGUGCAGUCGGUUCGGUACGAUGCCACAAGCGCAGUGUGGCACAUCAUUACAGUUAACGUUGUCAACGGCGAUGUGUUUGAGUGGGCAUUUGAUAAGGUAUGUGUCUGUACAGGGCAAGCGCACGAGCCGCGGUAUCCGGAAGGAUUGAGGGAGCUUUUGGUCCCGUACGUGGAGAGUGGAGGGGAGCUUCACCACGCCUUCCACGUAAAGGAUUUCCGGCAAUUCAAAAACAAGCGCGUUGUAGUGGUUGGAGAUGACGUCACUGCGUGGGAUUACUGCUGGGACCUAAAGCGUUGUGGGGCUGAUGUGUAUCAUAGUGGAUGCUCAUUCCCGGAUGAGGGACAUUUUUCCGACUCCUGCGACGAGAGUGGGCUGAUAAAAGGUUCAUACGGGACCAACAUGCGUGAUAUAGUUAGCGCUGCUGUUCAACUUCUCUCUCGCACACCGGGAUGGCGGAAAGACGUUGCCAGGGGCAAUAAGGUUGUCUCGAAUUGGCUGCGCUUUCGGAACGGUGCCAUAUGGGGUCGUCUAUCCAACCUUGGUCAACCCAUCGGAUGCGAGGGAAAAGGUAUUCUAUUUUCUAACGAGUGUCUAGGAAAGGUGGAAGUGUUGAAGGAGAUGCGAGCUUGUUCGAUGGCAGGAAAAGCGUCAGGCUAUAGUGAUUUGCCACAGAGUGUCUUUAUGGAUAACGUCGAUGCCGUAAUAUGCGCCACCGGCUAUCAUCUGCGGUAUCCUUUUCUACACGAAGAUAUAAGAGAAGUGCUAGAGAAACCAACUUGCUUCUUGCCGCAGAAAGGUAACAAAUGUGCCGAUGAUACGUCUGCAAAUGCUACGAAAGCGGUGGACCACCGCAGUCUCUAUCUUGGUACUCUCUUCGCCCCUAAUCCGUCCAUUGGAUUUGUGGGUAUGCAAAAGGAACUGCUUCCACCCUUCCUUCUGUUUGAGGCACAAUCCAAAUUUGUUGCUUAUGCCUUCACCCAUCGGUUAAAUCUCCCGAACGAUGCGGCGGGUCUACUUGCACGACAAGAAGAGUUAAUGCGGCGCUACCCUCUCCUUGCUAAUCUAUACGCCCCGUACGGUCUUGGUUUGUACUCAGCGCUUUACUUCAAUGUGCUGCAGGAGGAGCUGCAGGUCGGCGCACGUGAUACAUACACCUCGGCCAUAAUGGAGCGGCAGAAAUGGAUCCUUCUGACUGGUCUGCUCCGACUCGUGCACAAAGCGCGCUCACUGGCACCCUUGAAGCGCAAGCAGCAGCACAUCCUUUUCAGCAAUACCGUUUAG